CGGCAACCUAUUUAGGAGCUUUAUGCUCUACCUUCCCCUUUCCUCCCUAUCGGCCCAUUCAUGUCUUUAGCUCUUGCUUAUAUCACUACAUCCUGAAUAAUUGGUUCAUCUCAACUUCUACCACUCCCCUAAAUAAUUGAACAGUAGCUGUCGAUAGCUCGUAUUCGUUAAGGCUAAGGAAGUAUGUCUGGGGUUUUUUCAUCGCACAGCCCCCAGACUCCCCAAAAAUACUACUCCAGCUUCGCGAAGAACUCAUGUCUUGCGGCCAAAUUUCAUGAUAUUGACGGCGAGGAUCAAUUCCGUGCCUACCUAGGCUAUUUGCAAGAUGCACAGACCAGAAACUUUGUGUUAGAUUUUGGCAAUGAUGAUGCCUGGUGUGCAGUGGAUCUGGACCAAGAAGAUAUUGCGUUGCUAUUGCGUAGUGCAAAGCCAAGGUGCUUUGGCACUAGAUGGAUCAACAUCUGGGCACCGGAGCAGCAGAAAGAUUUAAUUAAGGCAAUCACUAGCUACUACGGAGUCUCCGAGCGCCUACAGGGGAUGAUGUGCACUGAUCCAGUACCGCAUCAAACACAAUCCAAGGCUCCUAAUUUAAUAAAUAGCUUCAAUGGCAGAAACGUCGAUCAAAAGCAUCGAGUUCCCCGCAUGAAUGACCUUGAGGAAGCCCAUACACUAAAGGACUUGUCAGAUCCUGCUGAAAUGCAGGCGGCUGCUUCAUUCAUAGGCCUUACCUUUGCGCAUGUGACCAAUCAAAUUUGGCAUUUUUGCUCCGUAGACUACGGUUCAAGAUAUACAUGCAUUGGCUACAACUCUUUGCACGUAGUCCCGAACGUUGAAUUUUCCAACGGGCGCGGCCUACCUAAUGGGAGACGACUGUGGUCUUGGUUGAUCCUAUGCGACGAUGGAACUGUUAUUUCCAUGCAAGAGAAUCCGUACCCUGGGCUUUCCGCGCCGUCGGAGAGAGAAUUGAAGGCUGUACUCGGAAUAGUUCGCAGGAAUGUACAAUUCAUCUUUUCCGGGGUACCUAAGCGGCACUCCGCUCAAUCGGAGAGUGAUUCUUUAGUGACUAUUCGUGUACGACCCUCCCAGGGCGGUGGCCCAGAUCAGGCUAGUAUCAAGCAAGAAGACGGCCCUAGUCUACUGUUCUACUAUAUAUUUGACGAUUGGGUUUCUAGCUACGCUCUUGUUGCAAAAAGAGAGCAUCAAUACGGAGUUCUCCUCGAUCAACUGAGAGAGGAAAUGCUGGGCAAGCCUGUGGUCCAGCUAGUCAAUGAGUUACAUUGGUUGGGCAGGAGAUUGGCAGUCUUGAAGAGGCUUUACCAAAGUUACGAACUCAUCAUGAUGCGCAUUCUGCAAAGACAGCGCCUUCUCCGCGACGAGGCGAAGUCUAAUCUUCCAUUACCCAUUGGGCCUAUGUUCGGAGAGACGGAGGCGACAGACCUCCGCCAGCCGACUCUACAGAGUACUCUGAGUUUUACAAGUCAUUCAGAUACUCCUGUUGGCGUACAGCUGAGCUCACCUGCCGUGGCCCGCUUCGAGAGGCUGCUGGACCGCAUCAAACUCUACUGCUUGUCUGAGAUUGAUACGUGCCUGACGGAGAAAGAAUCCCUCACCUUCCUUAACUUCAACCUUAUUGCUCUCAAGGAUUCCCAGGCCGUCGAAAAACUCACGAGGAUCACGAUCUUGCUAGCUAAGGUGACAAUUCUUUUCUUGCCCGUUAGCUUGAUGACCGGAUACUUCUCGACCGAGCUCAAGAACGUCAAGGGGGUAUACACGAUCACUCAAUACUGGGUUGCGUUCGGUGUCAUCAUGUUCUUGUCCAUUGUGAUGCUCACACUAUUUGGCUACCUCAGCGACACGGUGGAGGGCAAGACCAUCUAUCAGUCGCUAUCUCGAACCUUCGUCCGGUCCUCCAAAGACAGAAUUUCUCAACGAAAAGAGGAACCGGGCCGUCCAAGCCCUCUUGGAUGAGCCAUUUACAAUUCCAUCUCUCCUUUAUAUGAGACCGGAGGAAGAGCUAAAAUCAAUGCAUUUCUUAAGGCGCCUGUUUAUAUUUUCCUCGGGUUAACGAAGGCCUUGUUGGUUAUCUUGUUAAAUUAUUUGUUUUAUCAUCACAACAAGAGUGCUUCAUUCAAGCGGGAAAUGUGAGGCAAGACAAUUGACGGAGGAAUGUAGAAUGAAGCGACGCCAAGGGGUGAUGCUCCUAGUAUGUACAAUAAACACCAUGAAAUACUGCACACCGAUCUAUUGAAACAAUAUUCGAUUCUAGAGUACUCCUUCUCUUCUGGAGCUAGUAAGAGUGAAACAAC